AGCUGACGAAAAGUGGGCGGCCCCUAUAGCUGCCCGUUCCCACAUGUGACUCCAGAGUGCUCGUCUUAAAUACGAGGCCAAUAUCUCCCGGAUUUGGCCCCAGUCCAUUCGUUUCUGGUGUAGGUUAACCACUCUUUCAUCAUGGGGAUCCGGCAGUAUGAGUUGGACGAUGCCCCCAAGGCUAGUGCCUCGGAUCAGGUCGUGGCACGAUUUGGCCGUCUUCACAUUCUUGAUGACCUCAUUCGAUUGCGGGCAGAGGAUAUUGUUCAGCAUCCGAUCCUCGCUUACCCCAAACCCUCCAAUGAUGACCGCGCCUCGUAUGAGUACUUCACGGGGCAAGACCUGGAUUGCAUGAUUGACCAGGCAUUAUGCACGCUGAUGGACUGCGGAUUCAAACCGCCCCGCGGUGGCCAGGCGGUCGUUGCCCUGUUCACCCUGUCCGAUAUGAACAUGGUUGUCACAUUUUUUGCGCUCAGCCGAUUAGGAUACACAGUGAUGAUGCUUUCGCCUCGUCUCUCCGCAGCGGCCUGUGUAUCACUCCUCGACGUGGUUGGCUGCGACAACAUUCUUUAUGGCCAAACACCUAGCAUCCGCGCUACCAUGGGCGAUAUACUUCGCCUCAAGCUGGUGGCAUGCCGUCCGCUGAUCCAGAGACCUUCACUCCAGGACACGCCAGACUCUACUGUCAUGGUGCUCCAUCGCAGCCGGAACCCUGAAAUCCAGAAGAACAAGACUGCCUUGAUUCUGCAUUCGUCUGGUUCGACCGGCACACCAAAACCUCUUUUCCUCAGUCACAAGGCCUUGAUGACUCACCCAACACGAGGCCCCGGACUCACCUCCUUCAACUCUCUUCCCUGGUACCACCUUCACGGGUUGUCAACGGCACUUCAGGCAAUGUAUAUGAAGAAGACCGCUUACAUGUGGGACGCCUCUCUGCCACUGACUGCCACCUCGGUGGUCAACGCCCUGGAGGCUGCCCGACCCGAAUCAGUUCAAGGUGUACCUUACAUGCUCCAGCUCCUUGUAGAUAGCCCAAGAGGGUUGGACGCACUGAGGGAGUGCAAGCUUGUCACAUACGGCGGUGCGCCCUGUCCUGAUGAGUUGGGCGACAGGAUGGUGCAGGAGAAGGUCAAAUUCGGAGGAUCAUUUGGUUUAACCGAAGCUGGCUUGGUAGCGGAAUCGAUCUCUCGCCCUCCCGGUGACCCCUAUUGGAACUAUAUGAAGUUCUUUGAAAAUAUCCGACCGUACAUCUGGAUGAAGCCCAUCAGCGAUACUCUUUACGAGUGCGUUUAUCUUGCUGGGCAUCCUGCCUUGACCACAUCAAAUUCGAAUGAGCCUGUCGGUUCAUAUCAUUCCAAGGAUGUCUUCACGCCACACCCUCACAUUCCAGAGCGAUGGAAGUAUGUCACUCGCUUGGAUGAUCGCAUAACGCUUGUGAACGGCGAGAAGGUGCUCCCAUUGCCUAUCGAAGGCUCCAUCAAACAAAGCCCGCUCAUUCAAGAAGCUGUCGUCGUGGGUGUAAGUCGAAGUGUACCAGGCCUCCUGGUCUUCCGGUCAGAGGGGGCGAAAUCCUUCUCCGAUCAGGAGUACAUGGACCUCAUCUGGCCUGCUAUCGAGGACGCAAACUCCAGAGCAGAGCAAUUCUCACAGAUCUCUCGGGACAUGGUUCUCACACUGCCGGCUGACUCCGUCUGCCCUCGUACCGACAAAGGCUCCAUGAUCCGAGCCCAGGUUUAUGCCAGGUACGCUGACACAAUCGAUGCUCUGUACACGAAGCAGGAGCAUGCUGCCGACGGCACACUAGAACUCGAUAUUAGCGGCACAGAAGAGCAUCUGAUGGGACUUUGCCGUGAUGAGCUGGGGUUCAACGUCUCCGGUAUUGACUCGGAAUUCUUCGCGGAGGGACUGGACAGUUUGAAAGCAAUCCACUUGCGCCGGCUCAUACUCAGGGAUUUCCGAAUUGAAGAUAGCAAGAACGUUGGUCAGAAUAUUGUCUUCGAGACUGGGACGGUGUCCAGGCUGGCGCAACACAUCUGCGCUAUUCAAUCCGGCCAGGAGACGAAAACUACCGAUGACGUCUCGUUGAUGCCUGGGUUGACUGAGAAGUACUCCUCUUUCAGCAGCCACAGCCCGAAGUCCCAAACAACACCAACCAGCAGAAGUGUCAUCUUGACCGGCGCAACUGGCUCAAUGGGAGCCCAUACGCUCUAUAGGCUUUUGAACGAUGAUUCCGUCUCGACAGUAUACUGUCUGACACGAAGGACCAAUGCUAAAGAGGCGAUUCUGGAUACAUUAGAACAAAAGAACCUCGUCGUUCCAAGCUACCGUACUCACAAGAUCGUCGCUCUCAAUAGUGCUCUAGAUGAACCAGACUUUGGUGUCGGCCAGAGCAUGAUCGAUGAAAUGAAAAAGUCCGUGUCUUUGAUCAUCCAUACGGCAUGGCCAGUCAACUUCAACCUGCCCUUGUUGAGCUUUGAGCCACAUAUCAAGGGCCUGUACAAUCUGAUUAAUUUCUCACUCGCGGUGAACCUCCCGGCACCGGCUGUUCUUCUGUUCUGUUCCUCAAUUUCCACGGCGCUGGGAUCGAAGUCAUCUGAAGUCCACGAGACCCCCAUUGAGGAUUUGAACAGUGCCCUGGAAAUGGGCUACGGUCGGUCGAAACUGAUCGGUGAAAGAAUUGUGAGCAACGCACGAAAGUCAGGCGCCAGAACAUUCUCUCUCCGAAUCGGUCAAAUAUCCGGACACUCGAAGAAGGGUCUCUGGAACGACUCCGAAGCGCUUCCGUUGAUGGUUCGAUCGGCGCUGACCUUGAAGGCCCUGCCUGAGAUCGACACCACAUGCUCCUGGCUCCCUGUCGACAAGCUCGUCUGCUCCAUGCUCGAAAUCGCCAAGGCGUGCUCUCAUAAAUUGCCAGAGGACCAGCAGACUGAUGAGGACGAUACCAUUUACAAUUUGUCAAACUCCCGCACUUUCACUUGGUCCUCGCUGCUGGAUACCCUGCGACAAAACGGGUUCAAAUUCGAUACCGUGCCAUUCGAUCGCUGGCUGGAGCUCUUGCGGGAGAGUGAAGAACGAGGAGAAGAGCUGGUGAACCCCGCGGUCAAGCUGACAGAUCACUAUGAGGCAAUGUACGGCGAAGGGUCCUCGACGCCGCCGACAUUCACCACGGAGAAGGCCGAGCAGGACAGUAUGACGCUGAGGAAUGGUCGUCUGCGUAUCAUUCAAGACGGAAUCCUGGGUCGAUAUGCACGAGAUUGGCUGAAUCGCUGGCAGACAACUUGAGGGGGGUUGAUGAGCUCUAUUCAUGUCCAUAUUACGAUAUCCUGUCUAUAGUUGUUCGCGUUUGACAUUGCACAUACCUUGCUUAGAAUUCUGGUGAAUAAUUUGAUUCAUUGUUGAGC